AUGACCGAAAUCCCCAAGGCGACGUUCCGCAAUUUAGCCGUUUUAUUGAUCAGAGCAGGUUUGAUUUUUUAAAUUUAUAUAGCAAAAAUUUUUUUCUGGAGUAGCAGGUAGUUCUAAAUUUUUACGGGCUAAUUCAAAAUUUAAGCUAGAAAAUGUUUGAAUAAGGCUUAAAUUUGGAGUAGGUUGCUAUUUUAGGCACACCGAUGCCACGAAAUUCCAAUUUCGCGUAAACUUUUAAAACGUCGUUUUUGAAAUCGUCGAAAUUACUUAGUACACGGAAUUAUAGUUUUCUUCAAAGUACUAGGGUGUACUAUUUUCCGGGAAAAACGAAAAACCUGAAAGUUUUUUUAAGGAAUCCGCCUGAGAGCUCGAAAUAGGACGGUUUGUUCAGCGAUUAUGAUGGUGAAUCGACUCUCGAAAACGGAUUUAAUCAAUGAUGUUUGUAAUUAUGUGAGUUUGGACUUGCUGUCUUUCGAAAACACAGUGAAAAUUUCAUAUAUCAAGCUGAAAAAUCAAAAAAAAAUCAAUGAUAAAAAUAAUCUCGCAUCGAAAUUUAAAAUUCUGAUGUGAAAAGCUAGCUUUCCCCAUAGGAAAAGAGCCAUAUAUUUAUUUGUUCCAUUGAAAGAAUUUCCCUGAAAUCACAAAAAAUGGCUUUUGCCACAAAAAUACAAGAAUUUGGCCCAUUCCCAGUCUUUAGUCGAAAAAUUGGUCUUUUUUCAAACUUUCCACGACAAACUUUGAGCCUAAAUGAUAAAUUAAAUCGUUACUCAAAUCGGUUCUGUUUGGAUUGUCAAUGGCGCGACGGUACGUCAUAUAAAUAGCAUCAAUUAAUCUCCGAAACAAACUUUUUGAGCCCCGAUUUGUGUUUAUUUAUUUAUUUUCCUGGUUUAGAAGUUGGGAAAAUGGUAAAUAAAAUGUUGAGAAAUGAAUAAACAUGUUAUUUCGAACAGGAUUUGUUAGAGUUUUGAUGAUUGAUAUGAAAAAAAAACCAUGUAUCAAUCUGCUUUUUGUAUGAUCAAGUCUUCAGAAAAAAUAAUAAAUUUGAAAAUUUUGGGCUCUUAUUAUAAAAUUCAAUAUAAAAAAAUGGUAGAAAACUACGAAAAAAAUUUCAAAAUUUUUGACCCUAAAAAAAGGAAAAAAAUCGGUUUCGGAAUCAACUGUGUAGCCGUCUAGCCACCCUCCACACUUUGAAUGCUCUCUAACUGUGCGACGGAGCGCGAUUGACCAGAAUUUUCGUCUUUUACACUAAGAAUAACUGCCGAGAUAAACGCGAGACACUGGCGGUACAUUGACGAGCUCGCAAACAUCUCGCUUUUUUUCUCGCGCCGGUCUCGCAUUUUUCUGGGCGCGAGCUCGCAUUUUUCUAGGCGCGAGCUCGCAUUUCUCUCGCAAUUUGAAAAUUUCCGAAAUGCAAGAUAAAUGCGAGAUGGCGUCGUGAAAAAUGCGAGGUCGCGCCGAGAGAAAUGCUGGAUCGCGCCUAGAAAAAAAGCGACAUUUUUGCGAGUUAGUCAAUGUACCGCCACCGAGCUCGCAUUUAUCUUGUCAGUUAUUCUUAGUGUAUUGGCACAACCAUUUUUUUUCCUUUUUUCAAUUUUUAUGUUUUUCAAUUGGUUUUCUUUUUUUUAAAUCAUUAUUUUUGGCUCAAAUGAAAAAAGGCAGUUUUUCAAACCCUUAUUGAGUAGCAAAUUCAAACUUUAACCAUCAUGAAUAAAUUUUUUUCGAAUUUCAUUCAAAGUUCAAUGGGGUUUUCGAAUUUUGUUCUUAAAUUUACAAAAUUAGUUGAAAAGUUGCUUUAUAACACAUCUUCAAUGAUCGGAACUCGAAAUGGACUUUUUUUCUAAAGUUAAAAUUUCAGAGAAAUCAAUUUUUCAAUUUUGUGUUCACAUACUUUAAACUCUUUUUUUCAAUGUAUUUUUAUUUUGUUUUUUUAAUCAAAUCGAUCCUUUACAGACCCUCGCCACGGCAUGUUUAACCGUUGCGGUCAAACAAAUGGAGGAGAAUCAUAUUGGGAUUCGCGACGUGAUUAAUUCUGUACAUAGGUGGAUAUUUGUCUUUUUUUAAAGUUUUCUCAAGGAAAAUUAGUUUUUUAUGUCCAUUUUUUAAGUUUGCAGAGAGAAAAUUUUUGUAGUUUGAAUUUAGGAAUGUAAAAUUACGCUAAAACUCAGUGAAUGAUGGCUUUUUCUGAAAAUAUGCCUUUGAAAAAGUUCUUUUUUUUGUGCUAUAAAUCUUCGAAUUCCGUUUUUAGAACAGGUUUUUUUGAAUUCAUAGUAAUUUUCAGAUUCUAAAAUUUGAUAUUUUUGAAAUUUUUUUAAUAAUUAUGUUUUUUUCGAUUGGAACACUGCUUAUUCUAGAAUUUUUGAUUCAUAUUAAAUGUCGUAAGACCAGUUUUCUUCACAAAUUUUUCAUUGAAAGCAUUUUUUCAAGCUUUGAUUGCUCAAAUUUCGUCGAGUUUGUAUCGAAAUUGACCAUUUUUGUAUAAUUUUUCAUGUUUUUCUCGUUUUCCUCGUAUCAAUUUUUCCCAGAGUUCUUCAUCCGGACGAAAAAAUGAUGGAAAUCGGGGAACAGUUCUGGGGAAUUCGUUACGGAAUCGCCAGAAUGGAGUUCAUCGUUCUGCGAUUUUUGUCCUUCGAUAUUCAGUUUGAGGAUCCUUUUGUGGUUAGUUUUUUCAUAUAUUUUUCAGAAAGAAACGAAAAUUUUCAGCCCCUCGCUUUAUAUUUAGACGCCUUGAGAAGUUGGCUACCGCGGGAGUUCCAAGAAAAACAAGGUGAGUGAAAAAGAUCAAUUCAGGCGAAAAAACUGGAGUUCAAGGGCCAAAAUUGAGGGCCAGAGUGGUCCCUAAAACUAAAAAGUUGAGAUUUGAGUACAUUCCGUUCAAUGAAAAGAUAGGACCCCCCCUCGAUUUUGAACUUUCUGCCAAAAUACGGAAAGAUAUCGAAAAUCUGUGAAUGCCAUUCGAUUCAGAGUACAAAAUAACCCCCAGAGCCAAACUUUCAUUCUCCUAGCACUUUUCCUACGAAAAUGUCAUCGAAAAAACGGUUUUUGGACCGUUCAAUAAGGAUAGGACCACCUGGAAAUUUUGAGUUUCAUUGGUAUUUUUCGGUCAAUUUCUCUUUUCGAUAAGUGGUUUUUUCGUUUUCAUAUCAUUUGUUUUCCAACUUUUCUACGGUUUUCUUUUCAUAUCUUCUAGAUUUAAAAAAAUUUUAUAUCGAAAAUAGGGAAAAAUGACGUUUUUUGAGGUUGCAUCAUAAUAUUCGAGCGAGUGAAUUUUUCCAGUACUCUGAAUGAACUUAUCUGAUUAACAGAGACUUUGCAACAUUCAGAAAAACAAAAAGAAGUUUGAAAAACGUUCGUUUAAAAGUUAAAAAACCAAUUAAAAGACAAGUGCAAAAAAGUCGCCGUAGGAUUUUUCGUUUUCUCAACGAUUCCCGUCUUUUUUUUACGAGUUGUUAAAAAUUUAUUGUUAGAAAAAUCGUAAAAGCUUUCCGGGCGCGUCUGGAGAUGUGUUACCAUUGUAUUGAUCUGAAAAAUCAGUCUCCUUUUCUUGUUUUUUUUUUCAAAUUAUAAGCCUGAUUUCCCUUAUCUUUACCUUUAAAGUGAAGUUUCUUGAUUUUUUCUUUACCUUCAUAAGACCCUUAGUCAGGAUUGAGGUUCAAAAAAAAAAUUGAAGCUGAAAUUUUGUAAGGAGUAGGAUUACGAGUAGUAUAAUUUUCAAAGAAAUGUUUCAAAAGCCGUCUUUUUUCCUUUUUAUAUUAGAAACUUAAGGUUCUUUAAAACACAGAACCCUUAAAUAACCAAAAAAAUGAAACUGAAAAAAACGGCUCUUCGCUUCGAGACCCUUGUUCUGUAAAAAUUUUGAGUGUAUCGGUUUAUUUUUUUCAUUUUUGAAGCUAAGGUUCAAAGAAGAAUAUAAUUUGUUGCAUGAGAGUUUGAUACCAACCAAAUUUUCAAUUGAAAAAAAAUCUAUUGUCAUAAUCUUUUUAUAAUGAAUUCAAAGCCGAAAAUACCGCCCAUAACUCGCUCACAAGGAAGGUUAUUUCCAUUUGUGGUUGAGAAUUUUCUGAAAAAUGGCCAGAACACUCCUUGAUGUACCAGAAAAGAUUCUGAGAGUCGCAACCUCCAAAAUUUUCUACUUUUUGAGAAAAGACACCUUAAAGUUGAAUAAAAGCUUCAAAACCCGGUAAAGUAGGUCUUUUGGGGCUUUGAGAUGUCUUUUCUCGAAAACUAGAAAGUUAUGCAGGUUGAGACUUCCAGAAUCUUUUCCUGUUAUAGUCUAUUCCGCGCCAGCUUGUCACGUUUUUCUUCCCGCCAAAAAGACCGUAUACCAAAUUAGAUCAAAUUUCUGUUUUUAUAACGGCAAGAAACAAUGAUCUUGAAGCGAAAGGUGGUUAAAAUUGACCUGGCCUUUUGGCUGAAAGAAAAACGUGACAAGCUGGCGCGGAAUGGCCUAUACUCCAAGAGGGUUUUUGGUUAACUUUCAGGAAAAAAAGCAUAACCAGAAGUUGAAAUGACCUACCUUCUAAGAAAGAAUUAUUUGACCUUUUCGAAUUUUCCGUCACUUUUCAGUGAUCGAGUCCUGCAAUGCGGUGAUGCGCGAUUGCUUCACAUUUCCACGGCUUUUCGAAGAACGGAAGGUACACGAAAUCGCGAUCGCCGUCCUCUGCUUCGUCCUACGGGGAAAGGACAUCGAGCUGCCCAGGACUUCCAAGCCCUGGUUUCAGGUAUUUUUUACCUUGAUUUUGGAUAACUUGUGAAUUUCCUGCUUCCGAGUAUUGAAUAAUUUGUCAUAUUUUUUUUGUCACAAAAAGUGGUCCUAAUGAACGAGAAGGGAGCCGAUAAUUGGUCCUGCACCUUUAAUAACAAGCUUUAUGGGGCCUGGGACUGUUUUUUGAGCUCCUCUAGAAGAUUUUAAUGGACUUGGAUUUUUUCAAGGGACUUAAAAUGAGCAUAGAAGUCAAAAGGAAGGUUCUUCGAACAUUUUUUUCUGAACAUUUGGGUUUUUUCAUGACUUUAACGGCUGGGGGUGGUGGUACCUCAAAUCAGAAGUUUGUAGUUUGAAAUAUUUUUCCAGAGAAAGUGACGUAAAACUUAAUUUUUUUACGUAAAAAAAGGUAAUUAGGUUCGGACUGAACAAAAAAAGUUACGCGCUUAUUUCUGUAACUAACUUCCCAUUUUGAUGCAAGAUAAUUGAAAAAAAUGGUUCUUGAAAAAUAUUUUUUUAAAAAAAUUUGAGCCCUUUUUUUCCUUCAUUUUUCUCAUUAACAGGCGGUGCUUCAAUCUGUAGUUUGAUGAUACUUUUUUUGUUUUAAAAUUGAGUUUUUGGCCCUUAAAUUGUCAGUUCAUUGGAGAAAUGGCUUAAAUUACUUCUAUGAAGUCAGUUUUUAGGUUUAGAAGUCAUUUUUUCAAUUUGUAGGUUUUUUUUCCAUUUUUUCAAAGUUGAUAGGAGUUUUCAAGCGUUAGAAAAAUGUUCGGGCGAAUAGGAUUUGAAUAAAUUUGUGUUUUAUGGAAAACUUCACAUUUUGAUGUCUGUAUUAUUCUUCCAAAAUGAAAGGAACCGAAUUAAAAUAGUAUUUUUUUGGACUUUUUUUGGCUUUUUAGUUGAGAUUUAGGGGUCAUUGAGUGAAAAAAAUAAUCAAAAAAAGGGCAUAAAUUUUUUUCAAUGAAUAUGUAUAAUAUUGAAAUUUGAAAGCCACAUUUUGAACUUAAAGGCUUUUUUCCUAUUUUUUGAAGUUCAUGGGAUUCUUUCCGAUUCAAAAAAAUAUUCGUAGGGCUAGGAUUAGAAUAAAUUUGUAUCUUCUGGGAAAAAUCAGAGUUUGAUGACGGUUUUCCUCUUCAAAAAUUAAAAAAAACGGUUAUUUUUCACCAAAACUCGAUUUGAUCUCCUUCAAGCUCAUUUUUUUCAGAAGCUCUACAAAAGCUCGCUUUCUUCCCGGAGAGUGAGAAAACUCGAGAAGGUCAUUGCGACGGAAGUCUACGGGCUGCAGCUUGAAGAAUCGCCCGAAAAAAUUAAAUCUAAUUGA